CUGCCUGAGGUCACCACAGAGAUACCUGACUAUCCCCCUGCACUGCUGGCACAAGUCUGCUGAGGCCAGCUGGGGUUGCUCAUCUGUGGUCCUCCCUCUAGCUGUCCACAGAAAGCCGCGGGCUGGAGCUCCACAAGGAAGCCUCGGAGGGCAGCAGCAGCUGGGACCCCCCUUACCCACCCACCGAGGAGCAGCCCCAGGAGACUUCCAGCCGCCACCCUGGAGGUCCUUUCGCCUAACUCCCCUCACGAAGCCAGGGAAGAGAUGCAGAAAGACACAUCUCCGCUGCCACCGUCUGCACCCUUGGUCUCAAACAUCAGUCUGAGUGAAAACCAGCAGGCCAGCACAUCGGGGCUCACCAACAAUGAGCCAGGGUCUCACAGCCACCCCAAAGUCCAGCGGAAGCCCAGCAUGUCCAAAGUGAUCCUGGGGUUUCUUGCCAACAAGGGGCGUCGCAGUCGCGUGUCCCAGGUUGCCCUGAAGAAGGCGCUGGCUGCCACAGGCUACGACAUGACCCGCAACACGUGGCGCUUCAAGCUGGCACUCAACAAGCUGAUGGACAAGGGGUUGCUCAAGCAGGUGACCGGCAAGGGUACCACGGGCUCCUUCCGCUUGAGCAGGAAGCAAGCCUCCAAGUUCAAGCUCAAGGCCAAGAGAGGACAGAAGCAGCGAAAGUCUGGGCAGCGCCGGGCUGGGCGCCGUCAGGCUAGACAGAACAUGUCACCACUAGAUUCCACAGAGGGCCGAAAGCGGCCUUUCAAAGGAGUUCGCAAGGUGGCCAAACGCAGCCACAAUUCAUGAGGCAGGCCAGGCCAGCGAGCUGGGGGUGCCUGGCCCACCUUAGGCUCAGUGCAGUGAGAAUAAAAGGAGCCUAACUUAUUUCA